UAAUUGCUUAUGAGUAACCUCCUUAAAGUUGGUAGCAGCGGUAAAAAGAGAAAACAGAGUGAUCAAGUGAAAAAGAAGAAGAAAGCAGUUAAACGGAAAAAGACCACCCCACAAGCUGUAAAGUGCCUCAGCUGUGGACAAGAUGGCCAUACCACUGCUAGUUCGCAAGAACUUUGCAGACCUUGUGGAAGAAAAGGUCACGCUUCUGAUUGGCGGCCGAUCCGGUCAAAUUUGUCAAGCCCUUGUGGUUUAUCCAAGACUACUACGAAGAAGAACAUUCUAAACAUCUUCCCUACGUUGCUCGUAGGUUACCAUUACCUCAUCGCUUCUUCCCUUUUCCAACUCCCUUGUCGUAAGAAGAAAUCAAAAGAAGACGCCAUCAUUGAUCAUCAUGGCUUGACGUUGGAAAACUUCUCCUAUGAAGAGACCACGGCAAACUACAGACCCACAUUUGUUGAUCCUGGCCGAAAGACAGUAUUUACAGCAGCAAUCGGGUUAGAAACAAACAGACAUGAGAUACGGCGCUGCUCGACAAAAGAAUAUUAUCACAUGACGG